CUCCGCCUUCAGACCAUUCGCGGUGCCGCUCUGGAUAUUCCUCGCACCACCAGGCCAGACGAAUCCAACGGCGGCCAGGAGCGGUUGAAUUGUCUUGGUCUCCUGCUCGUCCCCACGAGCAAUGGAAGAAGUAUUAACGGAAGGCAAGAAUUUCAAGUUAGUAGACGAUUCAGAGCUUCCGGAAAUCAUAGAUUUUCUUGGCAACUUCUUGCCUGACUCCAUCAAGUUUCAUCAAACUUUGAAGACUUAUUUGAAAGACCGCGUGUGGGAUUUUCAUUUUUACGUUACGAAAACUUGGCUGGAACAGCCUGUGAUACUUCAUUUUCCUGGAAUGACUAGAACGCCGAACGGAAAACUAUACGAGAGCUUCAGUGUCUUCUGUCCGUGCGACCAGCUGGAACACCUCCAGCUGCUCGCUGAAGAAGACGUGUUGAUAGACUGGACACAACCCAUCUACCUAAAUUUGACUCACGCCAAGAUCAUGGCCAAGAUAGAGGAGUUCUACGAGGACAUUGGAACCAUGGAAAAGAUGUACGGGGAUGUAUAUGGUCCAACAGAACCUUUGGAGGAAAAGGAGGAGGAUAGUAAUAAAAUUGUAUUCGCAGAGGACGCGGAGAUGUCGCAGUUGUCGCCCGAGCAUGCUCAGAUGAUCCACGACCUGUACCCAGCCAACCACAUGGAGUGCGUGGAGGUGUUCGAGAAGCUGAUAGAGAAGCUGCCCUGUUACGGUGUAUUCUCCGCUUCAGGAGACUUGGCGGCCUGGAUGGUGCAGUCCUACUACGGCGCCAUGUUCUCCAUGCAGACGAGACCCGAGUAUAGGAGGAAGGGUUACGGUCUCAUUCUUGCCAAACACCUGACCAAACUGGUACAAGAACGCGGCUACCUACCCUUCGUGGUAAUCCGUCCCGAAAACGACGCCUCCAAGGGGCUCUACUUGAAGCUGGGCUUCAAGAAGCACUUCGAGACAGUGCGCGCUAUCUUGCGGCCACACGAGAUGGCCAGCGACGCGCAGGGCGGAGGGACGCCCAACGGCACCGACUCCGGCGCCGGAGACAACCAGUAAGAGCUUCUUUUACCAGUAAGAGAUUAAGAAAUGCCUGCGACGCACACACCUCAGCUAAGACGGCUUCUAGCCACGAUUCCUCUAUCGUUUUAUAGGUUAUGUACCAUCCAGUUUGGUAUCUUGUAAUUUGAGUGAUAAGAGUUGCGAGAUAUGUGAAAUUAAUCAACGAAACUUCUUUUAAUCAAUUAUGCUUUCUUUCGGUGUCUUCUUUUACUUCUUUAACUGUCUUCACCUCGUGAUCUUCAUCAUUGAAAGUAUUUUGAAAGACCACAAGGAAGCGAUAGAUUUUCCAAACCAAAGUUUUGGGAAGAGAUAAGAGCAAGAAUCAUAGAAAAUUUGGUCACGUCUUGGAAGAUGAAGCAUGCGCUUAGAUCAAUGCUAUUUCUAAAUUAUGAUCCUUACAAAGUUAGAUUUGUUCAGUUGCUUUCAAUGGUGGAAUCUCUCCCAUUGAAGUUGAUAAUUUCAUAUCUCUCGAGUAGAAGUUUCUAACAAUUUGGUUUUGUAUCAACAUUUUCCCAAGGAUAUCACUUUGUUGAUUCAGUUUGUUGUUGGAAUAUAGCAGUGGUGCCCAAACUGUUAUGCAUGCAACCUCUUUCUUCAACUUAUCAAUUGCCUGAAUUAAACUUCAUAAGAUUUUUCGUUAGUUUGUAUAUUUUUUUACAUUUUGAAAUGAGAGAGACAGAGAUUGUCAUUUAGUUUGGGAUCCACUGCAGUAGAAGACGAAUCUCAACUAGCAUUGUUGCCUCCGCCCUUUCGACAGUUGUUUUCAAGAAAAACCGUUAAAAAUAUGAAAACGGCUGAAAUUUAUUUGAUUAAUUCGUGUCCAAUUUUAUUGUAACAGAUCAAAAAGUGGAUAUAGACUGAAGCAUAUUUGAAAAAUUACAUUUCAAAGCAUUUUCUAGCGACCAACCGAACCAUACUUUUUAAUGACGGGGGAAAGGUAUUCUAAGCAGGGUGAAAAUAAAAAUAUCAUUAAACUGAAGUUAGGAACACUUAGAAAGUGCUCUUCAAAAUGUAUGUACUUCAAUUAAACUUAUUUGCUUCUGCAUUUAACUGAAAUUUCAAGUCUGGUUAUGAUUUUUUUCCUACACGACAUUUUUUACUCUACGAGGUGGAGACCCAAAAAUAACCGUACGAAAUUCGUUGCGCGCACCGCUUUUGCAGUUCGGGCGUCUCCCGCUACAUGGGGAUUACAUAACCCUUCUGAGUCAGUCUGUCAAGUGGUGUGGCUUGUGAUGGUUGUAGCGAGCUCCUGGGACAGUUCUCAUGCUACGACUAUUUCGACCUCCUCGAUUUUUUGUAAUGGUUAAUAUUCGAGAAUAGCAUCUGACAUUAAAACGUUUGUUUUCUGGUCGGUAAAUGUGCAUCGGAUGCGGUUGAUAUAUUGUCUAUACUCAACAAGUCGCGAUAAGUCACGACAAGUCACGACAAUUCACGACAAGUAGCGACAUGAGCCACCAACAAGUCAGUCAACAAGCAAGGGACGAAUUUAGCCGCGAUUCGCCUCGUUUGUAAAUCUUCGGUUAAAAUGUGUUGCAGUAAGUAUAUCCAUAUUUUCGAUCAGCAUACCAGCGCCGCGCAUUUGAAUCGUGAAUAUCACUCACACUUGAGUUCCUUUCAAGGCAUGUUCUUUAUAAGCUGUAGACAACAUAUCAACCGCGUCCGAAGCACUUUUACUGAACAGAAAACAAAACUUCAACGCCGCACGUUGUUCUCGAAUAUCAACAAUUUUAAAGAAUCGAAGAGAUCGAAAUAAUUGUGCACGAAAUCUGUCUCAGGAACUCGCUACAACUGCCCCAAGCAACGCCACUUAGUAGACUGACUCAGGACGAGUUAUGUAACACCCAUCUAGCGGGAGAAGCCUGAACUACAAGAGCGGCGCGCGCAGAGAAUUUCGUCCGAUUAUUUUUAGUUUGGUAAAUGUUUUUAAAUAUUUGAACCAAAUUAAGCACAAAUGACAUUUCAGUCAAAGGUAAAAGUGAAACAGUUCCAUACCUGCAUAUUAUUAAGAAGAGCUCUUGUUUUUGUCGUGUACAAGACAGUAUUACACAGGGUAACAUACCAGGGCUAUUCUUAUAGUAAUGGGAGUGCUUCUGACUCCACCCUGUAUAGAUUGUCUCCAUCCCCUCUAUGGUGCUCAUGUAACAAGGGUGUAAGUUUUGCGAAAUAGAGUCUAAUAGGAAGAGUUCCAAAACUUCGUUAAAUUGAUUCGACUGUGAUAAUGCUUUCCCCAUUGAGGAAUUUCCAAAUUUUUAAAUUCUGGAAAAUUGCUACUUCGCAAAAUUUCCACAGGAAACGAAAGGUGGCUAAAAUUAAUUAUUUUUGGAAGAGGAUUGGCCAAGAGCUUUUUCAAACCCUAGUCAAAUUAUUGAGAAGUUUAAUUUGUUGUAGUAUGUACAAGGGCAGUCAAAAUUGAACAUCUAUUGAUUUGAAAGCUCGUCAAAAUAUUUUCAUAUGUUGCAGUUGAUGAAAGUAAAAGAAUAUUGCUGAACUGCUUAGAUAUUUGUUUAUUUUGACUUCCCCUGUCUACCAUGGGAGCUACCUAUUAUUUUUUUAGGGUUUCGUAAACAGUUUUCCUUUUCCAAUGAAUUGUUUAUUAAUUUUCUUAGCAUUGUGUCAUUAAUUGUAUUUAUUCAAGUUCGUAUUAAACAUAUUUUUUAAAAUAGCUUUCGCAAUCAUUCAUAUCCAUACUCAUACCCAUCUACAGGGUGCUUGGCAGCGGUAUGGUCGAUACAAUUGUUAAUAAAUGAACGUCUUGAGAAAUUCACAAGCCCAAUCCAUUGUGAGCGCCCUGUAUAUCGAAAAAAGUUUACUAGAGAAAUAAAACAGUAAUUGAUAUUCAUUCCAUCAUUUUUUUUAAUUUGUUCCAUUAUUGAAAUUAAUGUUAAACGUAAUUGAUACAGUAAUUAAGAAACGAAAACUAAAAAUAAGAUUUUGUUCACUAAACGCAAUAUUUUAAGCGCUGCUUUCACUUUAUUCUAUAAUUAUAUUAUGUAUUAGUUUAUAGGUCUUAACCUUGAUAAAUUUUUUAACAGUACUCACCUUUGAGCUUGGCGUUCCAAUUUCCCAACAUAUUUUACCAUCUAAGUCAAGUGCUUGAGAUAGAAAUAAACCUUAGAUACUGAAUCAAUCUGAAAUCACGCGUAGAAGAUAUUAUUUUUUAAUACAAGGGCUGUGCGAAAAUUACAGAUACAUUUUGUUCGUCCCUGAUUGUGAAUCACUGAAUUUUUGAGCUAAAAUUUAAAACUAAAAUUAAAGCGAUGGCGUUAAACUUGAAUUUUUGUUUUGAUACCAAGAUUUAAA